CAGACAGAAGCCUGAAGCAGACGGCACAGGUGGGAGCAGAUCUUCGAAAGUUGAACACUGUUCUCAAUCGGGGACGACCCUUGCCUUUUCUCCCCCCGGAGUGAUGAACAAGAAGGUGGGACUUAAGCGCGUCGAUGCUGCCUACGACGCUAUGUUGCCGCUGGGUUUUUCGAGAAGUCAGAUUAAGAGCGCAAUUGAUUCCUUGAAGAAGGUUUAUGGUGACAAAAUAGUAUGGCGGUUCAUCGAAGAUGGCUCCUACAGGAUUUUGAUUGAUACUCUUUUGGAACAACAAAAGGAGAAAGGAAAAGAGGUGGCGGCUUCGCAAGGCAAUGAGUUGGUGGCAUGGGAGGGCGCAACUGAACAUGGGGAAUCAUCAUCAAGGGAGCAACAUGGUUCUAGUACACAAACUUAUCAACCGUUGGACUACGACUACGCUGCUCGACAACAACCAUGUGCAGCUGGUGACAAAAGAAAAAGUUGCGAUGAUUCGGAAGGUGAUGACCAUUCUGGCGGAAGUUCGCAUCAGGAAAGAAAAGGUUGUGGUGGAUGGCUGAGUGAUGAAGAUUGAUCGAAAUGUGCUUACCUUACAUUUUAAUCCUAAUGACUAAACUACUGGAGCGAGUUCCUUCCAUCAGGUGCAAUCGCUGGACUUCAAAAGAGUGGAGAUGAGCACAAAGAAGCUGGAUUAAG